AUGAAAAGCUCUACUCAGAACUCGGGCUCUGGAAUAAAAGGUAUCCUCUCAAACCUGAAGCUUAUCACCUUCCUCUCCAACGAUUCACGCCCCAAGGCCCCCCUUAUUUCGCUCUGUAAGGCACUGCAUAGCGGACGCACUAGCAUUCCGGACCUCACGACAGCCGAACAUGUCAACUUCGCUCAGGGAGUUGGCCCAAAAUCGGUGAAACGGACAAACUCAAAUCGGUCCUAUUCUCUGGACAACUUGCCGACGUCUUCAGGUCGGUUGGAACAGCGUCAGGAUAGCGAGUGUACGCUUGAGGAUAGAGCUGUGUAUUGUACCCGCAGAAGAGGAAGUACCGGAGAGCUGGGCCCGGAGACAUCUUCUUUGGAGCCCAGAGAGGAUCCCAUAUUUGGUUUCCAGACAAAGCCAAAAGUGAACUUUUGCGAUCCUCCGGUGAAUCAAUACAAAGGACUCGACUUUGACCCAAGAAUGAUUUACUCGACAGAAUUUUAA